AUGUCCGAACAACCAGUGCUAGGAAUGUGGAAGCUUAAAGCUAAACUGCUAUCAUAUGGGGAGGAAUUCGAAGAAAAAUCAUUUGAAGUGGAUGAAUAUGUUUUACCCAAAUUUGAAAUUGAGCUCGAUUUACCGUCAUUUGGAAGAACUGAUGUGACAAAAUUCACGGGAAAGAUGAAAGCCAAGUAUACGUUUGGAAAACCAGUGAAAGGCAUCGUUGAUAUUCUUAUUAGACCUAAAAACGAAAGAUUUCAGUGGAUAAACGGAUCAAGACAAAGAGUCAGCAAAGUUAUUAGUCUGCAAAUGCCUAUAACUGGUGAAGUAAAAUUCACUAUCAAAAUGACCGAACUGACAGAUAUUCAGAAGUUCUUGAGCGGUUCUACGCUAGUUUUUGAAGCAAACGUAACAGAUGACGUAACAAAAUUUAAGCGAAGUGAUAUACAAGAGAUUACCUUCUUUUCUCAACCAAUCAAACUAUCGUUUCUUACUUCUCUGCCAGACACAUUCAAACCAGGAAUGACGUAUGACGCGGUGGUUAUUGUUGCUCAAAGAGACGACUCUGUGCCAGAUAUGAUAAACGGGAAAUUGAAAAUUACAAUAACAGAAUAUAGAAAACAACAUAGAAGACCCUUUUUCAUGGAUCGAUCAAGAAUUAACUCCAUGGAAAGUUUCCGGGCUUGGAGGGGAAGGAGACCAACAUGGCAAAGAGAAACAAAGAAAGUUCUAGGUCCAUUUUUCCAUGCCAUUCCAGUGGACGGCGUUGUUGUGUUCCCUAUUGAAACAGAGAGUGGCGUCAAAAAAGUUGAUGUUAAGGCUGAAUAUAAUGGGGCGUCUACAUUUAGAACAUUGAAAAAAAGACAUUCUCCUAGCAACACAUACUUACAGAUGAGGCUGUUGACAAGUAAUCCAAAGGCUGGGAGCCCAUUGGAUUUAGAAAUAGGAAGUACACAUGAUAUCCACGGUUAUCUUAGUUAUCAGAUUUAUUCGAGAGGAUCUAUCGUUGAAUCUGGAACAAUACCAAUGUCCAAUAGGCGUCAGACAUGGACAUUUAAUGUAACUUCAGCUAUGGCACCAAAAGCAAAAGUAGUUUUAUAUUAUGUAAGAUCAGAUGGUGAAGUUGACAUUAAAUUUAACCAAACUAGUGCUGAGCCAAUAGACAAAAUAAGUCUUGAUGUAAAAGCAGAUAAUGGGUCAACAGUGCACGUGCUCGGCGUAGAUAAAAGUGUAUUACUGAUGGCCACUGGCAAUGAUAUAACAGAGUCUCAGGUUAGUAAAGAGAUUAGGAGGUAUGCAAUUAAAAUUAGGAAAACGUCAAGUUUUUCUGGAUGUAACUGGCGGUGUUGGAGAAUGCCAAUACCGGUCGGUGGUGAAGAUGUAAUGGACGUAUUCAAUGAUGCUGGGGUAAUCGUGUUUACCGAUGCUCUAAUCUACAAGCACAUAAGAGGUGUAACUGCAUACAAGGCAGACUAUCCAAAAAGAAAGACAAAGAAGGAAAAACAUCCUUCUCGUAAGCAUCAGAGUACUUCUAGUAAUAAAAUGACACCAUUUAAAAGUAAAGGCUCAAAAGAAGCAGAAAAUGAAGCCCAUGUACGAAAACACUUUCCAGAAACAUGGAUCUGGUCUUCAUUUCAAAUACAAUCCAAUGGUACUGUCUCAAUAGAAGACACUGUUCCAGAUACCAUUACAUCUUGGGUAGCCACUGCGUUCGCUAUCCAUCCAGAUUCAGGCCUUGGAAUUUCUUCAGUACCAGCACAGACAUCAAUCAGUUUGAAGAAAAGCUCAGAAUUCGAUUAUGUCAAAAUCGAAGGAACCAAAACAUCAAUUGCAUCCAUUGAUGCUUUUCGAACAGUAACGGUCGGCGCUGAUGAAGUGUUAGCUGUGUAUUUUCCUAUCGUACCACGGAAAAUAGGGCUAGUUGAUAUCAACGUGCAAGCGAAGACACCAAUUCAGGCUGAUGCUAUAAAGAAAAAACUUCUUGUCGAGGCUGAAGGUACUCCUCGUGAAUAUAAUUUACCCAUUGUCGUCGACUUGAGAAAUUAUGGAACAGUUACCAAAACUGUAAACACUGAGUAUCCACUCCGUACAGUUAAAGGAUCAGAAAGGAUGACGGCAACUUUGAUUGGUGAUUUAAUGGGACCAAGCAUUAAUGGCUUAGACAAGUUGCUGAAACUUCCAACUGGAUGUGGCGAACAAAACAUGCUGAAGUUUGCACCUAAUAUAUAUAUU